AUGCUUCAGUGAUCUCUAUUCUCGUCUCGUCCCACAGACGAGACAUUCCAUUGGCGGCUUGGAGACAACAUGGCGACGUGAGACGCUAUAUGUAGACUUUGCAGACGACAUACCGAAGAACUCAAAGAAUGUUUGUGUAUCUCAGUAAAAAGAUUGCCAUCCCCAGCAACACUAAGUUGCGAUGCGUGUCAUGGAAUCGAGAACAUGGCUAUAUAGCUUGUGGAGGAGAGGAGGGUCUUCUGAAAGUGCUGAGACUGGAGAUACAAGCAGGCAAGGAUGCCAAAGUGAAGGGACUUGCAGCACCUAGUAAUCUCUCUAUGAAUCAGUCACUUGAGGGACAUGCUGGUGCAGUUCAAGUUUUGGCUUGGAAUGAACAUCAUCAGAAGCUGACCACCAGUGACCAGCAUGGUCUUAUCAUUGUGUGGAUGCUCUACAAAGGAUCGUGGUAUGAAGAGAUGAUAAACAACCGUAACAAGUCUGUUGUACGGGGCAUGAAAUGGACAUCAGAUGGACAGAAAAUCUGCAUAGUUUAUGAAGAUGGAGCUGUCAUUGUGGGUUCCUUAGAUGGAAACCGUAUAUGGGGCAAGGAGCUGCGUCAGGUUCAGCUGGCAUGUGUUGAGUGGUCACCAGAUGGCAAAAAGAUUUUAUUUGGUAUUGCUAAUGGAGAGGUCCAGGUCUUCGACAAUGUGGGAAAUUUCAUUAGCAAGCUUCAGGUGUAUUGUCUGACAAACAUUACUGGUGCCAUACAUAUCGCAGGCCUUGAGUGGUACAAUGGUGCCCAUGGCUAUGUUGAGCCCAACUGUCCAAGCCUUGCAUUGUGUUUUGACAAUGGUCGAUGCCAAAUUAUGCGCACAGAGACCGAUGAAAAUCCGGUCCUGAUUGACACCGGUAUGCAGGUGGUGCAGAUUUCAUGGAAUCACACAGGUUCUAUCUUAGCUGUUGCUGGCUCCCAACAUGCUCUGGGGCAGGAGAAGGAGGUCAAUGUUGUACAGUUCUACACACCACUAGGGGAGCAUCUGCGCACAUUGAAGGUCCCUGGCAAGAGUAUGAGUUCCUGUUCCUGGGAAGGUGGCAGUCUUCGAAUUGCUCUUGCUGUUGACAGUUUUAUUUACUUUGCCAACAUACGUCCAGACUAUAAGUGGGGUUAUUGCACCAACACAAUCGUUUAUGCAUUCACAAAGCCAGACCGUACAGAGCACUGUGUCAUAUUUUGGGAUUUCAAGAACAAUGAGAAAUAUGUCAAGCAUGUCAAAAAUCUUACUUCAAUAACUGCCUAUGGGGAUUAUUGCUGCCUAGCAACAAAAGCUGAUGAAAUUGUGGGCCAAUAUGUACUGGUACUGUGCAACUCAAUUGGAACACCACUUGAUUCUAAGUACGUUGAUAUGGACCCCUUAUACUUGACAAUGACAAGGACUCACAUCAUCGCUGCCUGCAAGGAGGCCUUCUACUGCUGGCAGUUUAAAAAUCCAAAGAAGAUAGCUACUCUUGAGAUGGCCACCAAGCGCAAAGCUGGGUCUGAAAAGCUUUUCCACAUUGAUGACAUACCAUCAGGAACUUCUGCACAAGAGGAGAUAGACUUCAGCAAGGCUUGUGCAGCCACCGGGGAUCCAAUUUGCUGCAUGUGUGCUUCUGAAAAAGGGCUGAUUAUGGGACGGGAGUCUGGGGCCCUGGCACGAUAUGCUAUGCCAUCUCUAGCCUUGACCCACAAGUAUUCGCUGGGCUGUCGCCCCUAUCAACUUAGCCUUAACUGCACAUCCAGCCGACUGGCUAUUAUUGAUAUUGCUGGCGUCCUCACAUUUUUUGACUUGGACACAAGAGUGACUGAUCCUGAUGGCAAAGAAGUUGUGGGUGAGCAUCUCAACUUUGAGCGCAAGGAUGUGUGGGACAUGAAGUGGGCUGAGGACAACUCCGAGCUGUUUGCUAUGAUGGAGAAAACUAGGAUGUAUAUCUUCCGCAAUCUGGAUCCAGAGGAGCCUAUUCUGAGCAGUGGCUACAUCUGCCAGUUCAGUGAGCUGCAGAUCCGCUCAGUGCUGCUGGAUGAAAUCCUGAAGAACCCAGAAAAUCCAUCUAAAGAUGAUAUUAUUGAGCUUGAAAUCAAGUCACUGCGGGACACUCGUGAGCUUCUGGACAAAGUUGGACUAUCAGAGGCUCAGCAGUUCAUAGAUGACAAUCCUCAUCCAAGACUGUGGAGAUUGCUGGCUGAGUCUGCCCUUGAACAGCUGAACUUAAAAGUGGCAGAGACAGCAUUUGCCAAGUGCCGAGACUAUCAGGGCAUUGAGUUUGUUAAAAGGCUUGGUAAUCUUCACAGCGAGCAAAUAAGCCAGCUGAGGUUUGCAGCUUACUUCCGACGCUUUGAAGAUGCUGAAAAAAUCUACUUGGAUAUGGAUAGAAGAGAUCUUGCAGUCAUACGGAAAAAGCUUGGUGACUGGUUUAAGGUCAUUCAGCUCCUGAAGCAUGGAGGGGGCGGAGAUGACCUACAGUGAGAAGCCUGGAAUGCUGUGGGAGAUUAUUAUGCUGAUCGACAAAAAUGGCAACAGGCUGUUACCUAUUACAUCCAAGGCCGUAACCAAGAAAGACUAGCUGAGUGCUACUACAUGCUGGAGGACUAUCCAGGGCUUGAAAAGCUGGUCAACACACUUCCUGAAAACCACAAACUCUUGGCUGAAAUAGCAGGUAUGUUUCAGAGCGUGGGAAUGUGUGAACAGGCUGUGGAAGCUUACAUUAAGUGUAAUCGUAUUAAGACUGCCAUUGACACAUGUGUCAACCUAAAUCAGUGGGACAAAGGCAUAGAAUUAGCAAAGUCACACAAUGUACGGGAGAUUGAUCUGCUACUGGCCAAAUAUGCUGCACACCUUUUGGAAAAAAAUUAAGUUCUCUCUGCCAUUGAACUUCGCAAAGCUGGUAACUUCAUGGAGGCAGCCAAACUUCUCUUUAAAGUAGCAGAAGAACAGAAAAAUUCUUGGAGGGCCCCUUGUAUAGAACGUAUGUUAUGUUAUGCUUUAUUAGCCCUGGCAGCAUGUGCAAACCGCGCCUUUGGAACAUGCUCUAAGGCCUUUAUCAAGCUUGAGUCACUGGAGACCCUGACACCAGAACACAAGCAGCAGUAUGAUGAGCUGGCACUAGAGAUUUUCACCAAGAACAGUCCAAAGGAUGCACGCACCAACAAAAUGGAAUGCACAGGCUGUUCAUGUGCCAUUCCAGACUGGUCAUCAGCUUGUCCAAGCUGUGACAACAAGUUCCCAGUAUGCAUUGUGACAGGACGACCCAUCAUGGAAUAUCAGUUCUGGAUGUGCAGCCAGUGUAAACAUCGAGCACUACAAGGGGAAAUCCGAACACGGAAAACCUGUCCACUUUGUCAUGCAGCUGUGUGAUGCACUCAGCCUCAAUUGAAAUUCCAGAGCAGGUGACAGCAGUGAAGUUAGUCCACACAUCAUUUGUAAAUGAGUAGAGACAACAGUGCUGAACACUUUGUUUACACUUGUCACAACCUGACAUUCUUCAUGCAUCCUGAUCUCUCUUCCUGUCACAAGGACUUUGGAGUCACAGCACAUAAAUGUUUAUGUUGCUUUUGCUGCAGUGUGACUUUUGGCAGUUACAAUAAAACUGAAUUUCCAGCAAAUUUAAAGGAAUUAUUUCACAAAAGCUGAAGUGAAAAUAUGCAUUAAAAAGAAUGAACUGCAACCUUUGGAAGCUGCAGCUUUCAGUGAGAAACAUUGUCACCUACCCAAAAAUGGAAAAGAAAACUAUUAUUCUUCAUGUGCUUAUUUAAAAAUUAUUUUUACAAUAAAUCAGAGCAAGCUAAAAAAACUUAACAUUGUUUAGGAUAGGUUAAUGGCUGUCUUAAUUAAAAUAUUUUGCCUUGUUAUGCAUGUUGAUAAUAAGUAUUUUACAUAUCAUUGUUAAUGUAAAUCAAUAAAUAGCAUUGCCAUUCAGUGUCAUGCGAGGGAAAAUCUAUGUAAAUAGAAGGAAAAGGUUCUUCCGAAUAAUUAAUCCUCAUUUAUGUAUUUUAUCCCGCAGUUAUAAAGGUUCAAUGUUAUGGUGAAAUCAAUAAAGAAAUUAUGAAAACUGUU